AGACUACGACGGGAACUCUGAUCUCCACGUUGGAAUAACCAACAGUAACGGUGUGGUGUAUCACUAUGACGAAGAGGGCAUCCACAGAGAUGCAACCGGAUGGGAACAGUGCAUCAGUAUCCCACUGGUACAGCCGGACAUGUUUGAGCUGCUUGAGCAGUGGGAUAAGCUCCUGGAGGAGUUCUCGGUGGGAGAGGCCUGGCUUCCUCACAGGUAUGAUGAAGAUGCCCACAACUGCUACACAUACGCACUGGCAUUCGUUAACAGCAUCCUGACCACGCUUGGGAAGCGGCAAAUGAGCAAGAGCGAAUUCACAGAGAAAUUCGUGAUCCCCCACACAAAGAGAGCUUCCAAAUACAUCACUCUGCAUCAGGAGCUGACAGAUAAGGAGUUCUACAUCGUACCCCUUCCCAAGCAGGAAAAUCAGGGCUGA